ACGCCGGCGCAGGCGCGUCGCGGCGGUAGGGGCGGUGGGGCCACAGGAGGAAGCAGCAGUGGCCAGCGCGGCGGGGCCGGGCCUGGGGCUGAGGAGGGGUCAUCAUUAGGGGACUCCUGAGGUCCUGUCCCCAGGCUGCGGUGACUGCACUUUCCCUGGAGUGGAAGCUGCUGGAAGGCAAACCGGCCGCCAUGUCCACGUUCCGGCAGGAGGACGUGGAGGACCACUAUGAGAUGGGGGAGGAGCUGGGCAGCGGCCAGUUUGCGAUCGUGCGGAAGUGCCGGCAGAAGGGCACGGGCAAGGAGUACGCAGCCAAGUUCAUCAAGAAGCGCCGCCUGUCGUCCAGCCGGCGUGGGGUGAGCCGGGAGGAGAUCGAGCGUGAGGUGAGCAUCCUGCGGGAGAUCCGGCACCCCAACAUCAUCACCCUGCAUGACAUCUUCGAGAACAGCACGGACGUGGUCCUCAUUCUGGAGCUGGUCUCCGGCGGGGAGCUCUUCGACUUCCUGGCGGAGAAGGAGUCGCUGACGGAGGACGAGGCCACCCAGUUCCUCAAGCAGAUCCUGGAUGGCGUCCACUACCUGCACUCCAAGCGCAUCGCGCACUUUGACCUGAAGCCAGAAAACAUCAUGCUGCUGGACAAGAACGUGCCCAACCCACGCAUCAAGCUCAUCGACUUCGGCAUCGCGCACAAGAUCGAGGCGGGGAACGAGUUCAAGAACAUCUUUGGCACCCCAGAGUUUGUGGCCCCAGAGAUUGUAAACUAUGAGCCGCUGGGCCUGGAGGCGGACAUGUGGAGCAUUGGAGUCAUCACCUACAUCCUCCUGAGCGGCGCAUCCCCGUUCCUGGGCGAGACUAAGCAGGAGACGCUCACCAACAUCUCGGCUGUGAACUACGACUUUGACGAGGAAUACUUCAGCAACACCAGCGAGCUGGCCAAGGACUUCAUUCGCCGGCUGCUCGUCAAAGAUCCCAAGCGGAGAAUGACCAUUGCCCAGAGCCUGGAACAUUCCUGGAUUAAGGCGAUCCGGCGGCGCAACGUGCGUGGUGAAGACAGCGGCCGCAAGCCGGAGCGGCGGCGCCUGAAGACCACGCGGCUGAAGGAGUACACCAUCAAGUCGCACUCCAGCAUGCCGCCCAACAACAGCUACGCCAACUUCGAGCGCUUCUCCAAGGUGCUGGAAGAGGUGGCGGCAGCCGAGGAGGGCUUGCGUGAGCUGGAGCGCAGCCGGCGGCUCUGCCACGAGGACGUGGAGACGCUGGCCGCCAUCUACGAGGAGAAGGAAGCCUGGUACCGCGAGGAGAGCGACAGCCUGGGCCAGGACCUGCGGCGGCUGCGGCAGGAGCUGCUCAAGACCGAGGCGCUCAAGCGCCAGGCGCAGGAGGAGGCCAAGGGCGCGCUGCUGGGGACCAGUGGCCUAAAGCGCCGCUUCAGCCGCCUGGAGAACCGCUACGAGGCGCUGGCCAAGCAGGUGGCCUCCGAGAUGCGCUUCGUGCAGGACCUGGUGCGCGCCCUGGAGCAGGAGAAGCUGCAGGGCGUGGAGUGCGGGCUGCGCUAGGCACACGGGUAGGCCGGGCCCUGGGACAGCUGGAGCUCAGCCUGGGGUGGGGGCGCCUCCUGUGGACACUGCUCCAGCCUGGAGGUGGAGUGGGAGCAGCUGGCCCGUAGGUUCGUAAGUUCGCAGGCAGGGGUGGGUGUGGGACAGGGUUGCUUCUCUGUGCAGCUUCUACAGUGGCCCUCCUUGUUCCUGCGUCGUUGGUGACACCGGGCAGCGCGGCCUUGGGCGCUGUGAGGGUUGGGACCCAGGACUGGACCAGCCGCUGUGCUGCCAAGACAACAGUGGCCCGAGUGCAGCCCUGGUCCAGGCCUGGAGGAGGGAGGAGGGUUCUCAGGCAGUUCGGAGGGGUGCCGCCUGCUGCCGCCUCUAGCCCAGGAGGAGGUUGUGGGAUGGGGAGGGGAGGGCGGAUGGCGGGCUGGAACCCAGCUGGAACUGCUGCUGGGUGGCGCCAGGCUUUGGGACCUGCAGAGGGCUUGGUGGGGUCUUCCGCCGUGUGCCCUCCCAGCUGAGGCCCGUCCCCCGAGUGUGGAGGUCCCUUGCCUCGGACCCCUGCAUGAGCCCCAUUUUGUCACGCUUGAGCACAGCUAGGCAAGAGUGGCCCGCUGCGGCCAAGAGAAAUAAAACCUUGGCUUCCUGA